CAACGCUGCACAGCGAGAAAAAGAAAGUAACGAUUUUGCCAGAAGAAGAAAAAGAUGUGAACUUGAUGGCCUAAAUUUGCUUUUUGUUAUCUCUUGGAAUCGAUUUCUCACUACAAAGUUCGUUCUCUGAGUACUUAAUUAUACCCCAAUUACCCUUUUCAAAACCCUAAUUUUGCUUCUGAAGUUUCCUCUUCUUCCUGGUGGUGGCCUCAAAUUCAGGCGUGAAUUAUUAUCAAGAAAUGGUACCAAGUGAAGCUGAUGGUGCAGUGUUAAAGAGAAAGGCAGAAGAGCAUGCAUCAGAAGGAAAUAGGAAAAAGAAAAAGAAGAAGCAAGUUGACACUCCUCGUCCUGCAUGCUCAUGGGUGUACUUCAGCCGGGAUUUUAUUAAGGAGUACAGUGCUUCCCAUCCUGAGUCCUCAGGCCUCAAAGCUGCCACAAAGGCAGCUUCGGAUGCUUGGAAGUCUAUGAGCCUUGAGGAUAAAGCAAAAUAUACUAGGCGUGCUCGUGAAGUGUGGGAUAAUUACUUGAGUACAGCUCCUGCCCGUAUUCCCAAGCCAAGAAAGCAGACUAAACUGGUCACAAGAUGCUCUCCUGGCCGUUUAUUUAAUGUUUUACAACGCCUCACACCUGAACAAAAAGAAGCUGCCAAAAGCAUGGGUUUUGGCAGCCUUCUGGGCCUUAGAUGCCGAACCCUUCGUCGGAGUUUGUGUCUUUGGUUAUUGGAGAGGUUCAACACUACAAGACGUAGCUUGGAUAUUUGUGGUGAGUGUAUACCUUUAUCCCCAAGAGAUGUGGAACUUGUAAUGGGAUUGGCAGCUAGUGGGAAGGAUGUGGUGAACUCUGGGCCUGACGAUCUGAUUGCUGACUUACGUCAUAGUUAUAAUGCUACAAAUCAUGGGAUAUCAGUGCGCCUUCUAGAAGAGCGUUUGGCAGUUCCAGAAGCAGGAGAGGACUUCAAAAGAUCAUUUGUCCUCUAUGCAUUGGGAACUCUUCUAUCCCCGACAGCAAGGCUGGAUGUAAGCCCUUCAUUCCUCCAUUUUUUGACAAAUAUGGAUGUUAUCCAUCAAUACAACUGGGGAAAGUUCCUACUUGACCGACUAGUUCGUGAGGUUUCUCGUUAUCGUCAAGGGAAGCAACGUGCUGUCGGUGGAUGUCUUUUGUUUCUCCAGCUCUUUUACUAUGAAAGCAUUUCAAUCGAGGGAUCUGGUAGUAUGGCUUCUGCUGUUGUUCCAUGCUUAUCUUCAUGGGGUGAAGAAGAGAUUACCGAGAGAGAAAAAAGAGAGAGAGAGCUUGGUGGUUAUGGAUCUGGGGAGGUGAUUUGCAAGGAAAGGUCCAUUGGUAUGGAGUCAUCAGAGUACAGAGAUCAACUAGAUGUUCCGCUAGUGAGUAAAAAUGAUCCUAUCUUUGAAGAGGAUCGGAACCAGGCUGAAGAAGAACGAAUGAAUGGAGAUAUUGCUAUAGAUGAGGUGGAUAUGCCUAAUUUUCUUGAGAGCCAGAGUGUAGUCUGCGGGGACAUUGAGGUGGUUGUUGAAUCUAUCAGAUCUCUCUGCCGGAACAAAGAAUAUGGAUGCAAUGAAACAGUGGAUUACACAAAGAGUACUGACCAUGAAAAAACAUGCAUUUAUGCGCCAUGUGCAUGCCCCCUUUUAUCCUGUAACUUUGUUGGCUCAUGGGAACAGUUGUCACUGCACUUUAGCAGCAAACAUUGGGAUUCUGGAAGGCGAUUUAGGUACAAUAGCCCUUUGGCCGUUUGUUUAGAAAUGAAUGAAGAAUUCCUUGUUCUUCAAGCAGAGGAGGAUGGUGAGCUCUUUCUCCUCAACAAGGGUGUUGAAAAUAUUGGGAACACAGUCAUGAUAACUCGUUUAGGCCCUAGCUCAUCGAAGGAAAAGUAUCUGUAUGAUCUUGUAUCUGGAAGAGGAAUCAGCUCUCUCAGAUUAAAAUCAUUGACAGAAAAUUUUCCUGGACGGCUAGAAGGUUUUCCUCCUAUGGACUUUCUCCUAGUUCCGUUUCAUUUCCUUAGUUCAUCGGAGGAGCUCCACUUGGAAGUUUGUAUAUGGAAUAAUACAGAAUUUAGUGUAGAUUGUUCUUAAUCGGUCCAUCCAAAGCACUCACUGCAUAAGGGUGUUGGAGCAUGUAAAUCAUAUUAGAAUGUCAGUCUGGGAGCUUUGACCUCAAAAAAUAAUGAAUUUUUUUAUCCGAAGUUAGCUGAAAUUAGUAUUUUCUCGACGAGAGCAUGAACCAGUAGAAUUCUUUGUUGCCGAGAUUGCAUAUAGUGGAAAGUUGAAGCAACCUAAUUUUCUUUCCAGGAUUCCCCUCAACUGCUGGAGAAGUAGCCGCCCGAGGCUGAGCCAGUUUGUUGGAGAAUACUGCAAAAAUUGUAUGCAAAUAUAUAUUAAAUGUAAGAGCUACAAUAAUCAGCUUGGAUUAAUCACUUUAUAUGUAUUUAUUCUGAUA